AUUCUAUAAAAUGGACUUGACACUGGAGAAAUAAAAGUCUAGCAAGCCAUUUCAUUGUUGCACGACGCCGCAUUUCUCACUUCUUCAAUAGACAUUUCACGUGCUCGUCACCUUGUCUUGAAUUCCAACACAGAUCGCUGCACGAUAUGGCCGUGACUAUGGCGGAAAACAAAAUGCUCAACUAUGCACUGCGAGCGCUGCAGCUCAUCUUCGCCAUCAUUGUUAUGGGAACAGGCGGCUACGCUAUUCACGUGUAUCGUGGCUACAGUUCCAUCAUCCAUACCCCCGACGGCGACUUCUACGGCUACGCCGGCGUCCCUAACGCAUGGGGCUUCUUAAUAUUCUGUGCAGCGUGGACAGUUCUGGUCGUCAUCUUACUCAUUGCUGGAAACGCCUUUGCGGAUCGCGCAUUGAUUGGCUAUAUUCGCAUCGCCGUUGAGGUGGUGGCUGUCCUUUCAUGGUUUGCCGGUUGGAUCGCCGUAGCUGUUAAUAUUGGGACCGAAGCAUGUUCAGAAGGAUAUAGUUCCUGUGGAGCACUCAAGGCUGCAGCUGUCUUCGGGGCGGUCGAAUGGCUGCUCUUUAUGGUUACUGCGACCCUGGCUUUCUCGCUCUUCUUGAAUAGUAAGCGCCAGUUAAGGACGUCUACCACCUGACCUACUGUAGGUGUUCGAUCAGCGGUGUAGGCAUCUCUUGAUCAUGUUGGAGUGGAUUUCCCUUGUGGAACAGAGUGUAAAGCAUUAUGCACAGAUGGCCUCUUUGGGAAGUUCUGACGAAGUCGGUGAAAAGUACCGACGAUGUAAUCCCGAAUCUUGAGGGUCGCAUAUCACCCUGUUUCAAGCUCAUCCACAACCCAGCGUCUCUUCAACCAUCCCCGAUAGUUUUUGCAUAAACCCAUGGAGAGGAACUGGCCUUGGGGGCAUGUUUCUGGAGACGAGCUGCUCGACUGGUGGUAUGCUUUCCACUCAGAGUAUUAUGGC